UGAAGGUGUUUUGUUUGAAGCAUCUGUUGGCAUAAGUCUCAGCCUUUUCUCCUUGUCUUUGAACUAAAACUGCUUUCUGAAGAAGUUGCUUCUUCUUCUUCUCUCAAAGGUUCUCUGAACCAGAACCAGGACCCUUUUCUCUUCCUUACUGAAAUCUAGCUCGUUGUUCAUCCUUUCUUGGUGGGAUUUCAGUCUGACCCAGAAAUAAUACCAUUUAAGUGCAGCAAUUGAAGUUAUAGCAGGUGGUUGAGAUGGAGAACAAUGAAUCAAACACUCCGAAUUCAUGUUGCGAGAUUAAUGCAAAUAGUUCCAAAUGGCUGGCAGAAAAUCUUAAGGAGAUGGAUCACAGUGUAAAGCGGAUGCUGAAGCUGAUUGAAGAAGAUGAUUCUUUGUCAAUGAGUGGCGAGAUCACUAGUCAGAGGAAGUCAGAGUUGGUUGCUAAUGUCGAGGAGUUCAACCAACUGUAUCGAUCACUAGCAGAGCGGUAUGAUCACGUAACAAAAGAAUUGUGUAAGAGUGUAUCACAGGGCUCUGGAAAUACGGAGUCGGGGUAUGACCAGGAUGCUGCGCUGCUAACUCCUGAUGUCAAGGUUGGUUUGCACAAGUCUGGCCAUCAAGCUGCUAGUUUAGAUACAUCUCCAAGCUCCCCUAGUGCUGACUCUGUUUUUUCUUUAAAGGAUGGCAGUGAAUCAUCUUCCUCAUCAACAUCUGACUCCGAGUCGGAAUCUUUUGUCAAUAAUUACUUGCGUUCACCUCCAAACAUCAACAGCCAGUCCUUGCAAAAGAAGAUUACUGAGAUGGAAACUGAACUUUCUACCGUGAAAGACAAACUACAAACAAGAGAGGCUGAUCUUGAACUUGAGAAAGAACGGGCGUUGGAGCUGGAAAAUCAGAUAGUUGAGUUGGAGACUCGUGUUUCAGAUUCGGAUUUAAAGAGUAGGAUGUUGGUGGAGAAGUUGGAAGCAGCUGAUAAAGAAAUUGAGAAGUUGAAGAGUGAACUUAUUGAUAGAACAUCAGAAGGUAAUGAGUUACAAAUUCGGCUAGAGCUAGCCCGAGAAGAUAUAGCCAACAUUGAAGACCAACUUGAUUCAGAGAGAAGGCAUGUCUCAGAGCUGGACGAAAGGAUUGCAGGGUACAUAGCUGAUGUCUCUGACCGUGAUCUCAAGAUCGGGAAAUUGAAGGCUACAUUGCUUGAUGCUGAGGAACAAUUUUCUCAGGAGAAAGCACAGCUGCAAUCGGAUGUUCUAAGCUUGUCAGAAAAACAAGGCCUCUUAGAUGUGAAACUUAAAGAAUGGGAAUUGAAGACCAAGAAGUUGAAAGAUAAACUACUUCUGUCUGAGGCUGAGAGAAUGGAAAUGCAAAGGUUGCAUCUAGCACAAGUGAUGGCUUUGCAAGAUGAGAACAAUCAGCUGAAAGUAGAACUCAAUCAGCAAAGAGAACGCGUGGAAGUUUUGAAUAAAGAUUUCGACAGAUGCAAACUGAAGUAUGACAUGCUAAUGGCAGAGAAAGAUGGCGUAAGUGCCAGAGUUGAUACACUUAUGGCGAAUUUGAGUGAUCGGGACAAUCAGAUUCGAGAAAUGGAGAGGCAUCUGUGUCAGUUACGUGAAAAGCAUGAGGAGCUGAUUCAUGGAUCUCAAAGUGCACAGAAACUUGUUGAUGAACUAAAACUGAGAGCGGAGGAACUGCAGAAAGAGGUCGAUAGGCAGAGAGUGGAGAUCUCUGAUGGGGCCGAGGAGAAAAGGGAGGCGAUACGACAGCUCUGCUUUUCACUGGAGCAUUAUAGGAGCGGGUAUCAAGAACUUCGUCAAGCAUGUCAAGCUUUUAUUGGACACAAGAGGAAUGUUGUUAUGGCUGCUUAAUUUUUCUCAGAAUGUUGUGGUGUGGUAAGUUUUUGUGACUCAUAUUUACAUGUCUUGUUGUUGUAUGUUCUGGUGGAACUUUAUAGAAUCAUAUGCCAUGCUCAGUUAUGUUGGACAUUAUAUAUUUGUGCUAAGCAGAUACAGCUUUUCUGCUCUGGUGUAGAGCGUGUUAAAAGGCAGGAAGUAAUAAUUCUAUGAUACCUCUAGCUAGUGUUUUUGUUAAGAGGGAAAGUAAACAGGAAGAAAGAAAUCGUAUACUACCA